UCCACACAUAUCGUAGACUUUAAUAUUAAUCAAAUUCAUCCUACGCAGUAUCAGCAACCAACCGUCCUCCCUAAUAGCUUCGCUAAGGAAGCAAACAGCAACAACAACAACUCCACCUUCGCUUUUCACACAUAUAUAUAAUAAUCAUAUUUCAGUCAAUCAUUUCUUCUUAUCUCUAUCUAUCAUUUCUUGAUCCUGUAUUUACAUCUUCAGUUAUCAUCAUCUCCAGAGUUUCAGUUUUUUCCAAGUUAUCAUCCAAACAUGAGUCAGAAUCAGGCUACAGCAUAUCCUUAUCCACCAUCAUCAACUGCAGCAGCAGCAGAUGCUUAUGUAGCCCCACCACCACCUGCAGGUUACCCAACCAAAGAUGGUCUAAAUCAGGCCUACUCUCAGUCUGUUCCAGUUGAGACAAAAUCCAAGGGUGAUGGCUUCUGGAAAGGAUGCUGUGCUGCCCUAUGUUGCUGCUGUGUCUUGGAUGCCUGCUUUUAAGAAUUGAUACGGAGGAGUCUCAAAAAUGCCUGGAGGAUUCUUUUAAUUCUUCUGUGCCUUGUUAUAUUUAUUUCUGUACCACUUCAUAUAGACAUUUGUGGAUUUCUAUAUUUUCAUUGCUAUGUGACCAUUAGGGCUUGAUAUAUAUUUUGUUGUCGUGAUGUAAUAUAUUCAGUGAAUUGAAUUCUUUAAUUUGGUUGAUUUGCUUUUCA